AUGCGGUUGCCCUACCUUGUGGUCGCUGUCGUCUGUGACGUUCUGCUGUUGUCCGCUCCACGACUCGUCACCGCGUCCGAGGCCCUCUGGAUCCAACCAUCUGGCGAGUGGUACGGUAUCGACGGGAACUGGUCGAGCUUUGGCUUCGCAGUUGGCGCUCCUGCGCAGAUCGUCUACCUGACCGUUGCCACUGCCCUGUCCGAGAUCUGGGUUGUCGAGACAGGUGGCUGUUCUCCAGUUCAACUAUGCACCAAUGCUCGAGGCGGUGUUUUUGAUAUCACGGCAUCGCAGACAUGGCGGUCCUUGGGGAGCUGGCAGCUGGCCAACUACACCGGCUGGGAAGGUAAUGGGGAUUACGGCCUCGAGACGCUGGCAUUCGUCAACACCGUUACCCGCAUUGCGACUGGUGUUGACGGAGCGUUGGUUGCCGCCAUCAACGACACCGACUACUAUCAGGGCUUCGUCGGCGUUGGUGUGAACCAAGGCCGGUUUGGCUCCAACUUGACCAACCCCCUCGUCUCGCAACUAGCCGAGACGUAUGGGACUAUUCCCAGCCACAGCUAUGGCUACACGGCCGGCGCCUACUACCGCAACACUGGUGGCGCCUCGAGAGGCACGGUCGGCUCUCUGACCUUUGGCGGUUAUGACACACUGCGCUUUGUGCCGCAUGCGACAACAUUUUCGCUCGACCCGGAGAAUCGGAUACCCACGGUCCUGAUCCGUGGCAUCACGGCCCAGGUGACGUCCCUAGACAAGGCACCGAGCGGGAACUGGACGUCAACAUCUCAGAAGCUAUUGACAAUGGACAGUUCCGUCAGGGCCAUCAUCGACACGUCCACGCCUUAUUUAUGGCUCCCUACCGAAGUCUGUGACCGAUUUGCCGCUGCCCUAAACCUGACCUGGAGGGACGACUUGGGGGUCUACGUGUUUUCGGAUCAAGCGGAAUAUGUCCGCUACCAGUCGGAUACAACCCUGUCUUUCACCUUCUCCGUGUCCAGCUACGACAAUAGCGAUAACUUUGGACAGCCCCUUAACAUGCCGGGCGUUGUCAACAUAACAAUCCCCCCCGCCGCCUUCGCGCAGCUGCUCCACUACCCUUUCAAGAACGUUAUAAAAUUUGGCGACCCCGGCGUUCCUUACUUUCCCCUAAAAAGAUCCACCAAGGAAGUCAACAACAACCAGUACAUCAUUGGGCGUGCCUUCAUGCAGGAGGCCUAUCUCAUCACCAACUACGAUAGAGGCACCUUUUCCCUCCAUCAAGCUCUAUUUCCCGAGAAGGCUUCCACUACUUACUCGCUGAAGACAAUCGAGAGGCCGCCAGACAGCCCUUUCCCCACCCCUACUGCCACCAACAGUACAGCUGACCCUGGGAGUGGAGGCGGCGGCUUGAAUCCCGGCCAGACUGUCGGCAUUGUGCUGAGCGCAUUCGCGAGUGGCAGUGUCAUUGGGCUUGUCUUAUGGUUGUGUUGUCGCCGGAGGAAGAAGUGGAAGGGUAAGCGAGAAGAGAAGCGUGCCAAGCAGGCCGAGGAGAACAAGGCAAAAAAUAACGCUACCGACGACGACGAGCCAACAAGUCCGGUCAAGCGAAUGUUUUCGAUCAUCACAGGGAAGAAAAGGUCGAAAAAGCUGAAGUCUCCGGCCAUGCACGAAGUCGAUGGGACCAGCUCGCAGCCAGCCGAAGUAAGCGCUGAUGUACAGCAUCAGCUCUUUGAGCUUCCGGUCCCGCCUGAGCCGGUUGAGCUAGACAGCAAAUAUGUUGGAGACGAAGACACGGAUCUGGGGAUCGACAGUGUUCAGGAACUGAGCGAGUAUGAGAUGACGCGGCGAAAGCUCGAGAGGCAUCUGCAAGGGCCUGUACCGACCUAUUUACCAACGACCUGUGAUGAGAAGACGGCCCAGGAUGUAAGCGCCGUUGCUCACUACCGCCCCUCCGACGAACCUUCGCCGGCAUCAUCGCCGACGUACGCAAACACUAGCUCGCUUCCCGAUUCGCUUCCGUCGCCAUUAACAGUCCACCCUGAUUGGGCCGCCCGUCUCUUCGACCUGCCGUCUCCUAUGACUGUUGCCCCAACUUUUCACCCGCAACAGCUUGCCCCUAGUGACUCCAGCUCUAGCUCCGACCCAAGCUGUAGCUACUCGCCUGUGUCGCCUCACACACCUCAGUCUUCACAGACAUUUGCGCCGUCAUCCGUCACCCGUUCGGAACUGAGCAACAUGUCACCCGCAUCUCCUAUUGGAUCCAUGCGGUUACCUUCUCCCACAUUUCAGCGAACUCCCAUCGAUCCGACACGGGUUGUUGUCUGUCUAGGACCUCUGCCCGAGAAUGUCCGGCUUCCUCAUCACCAAUCAUUACCCCAGAUUGUGACCCCGAACCGCCAGAGAGAGAAAAGACGGGCUUCGACCCAGCCGCCAGCCGGCUCUACACCGCCGGGCGCGGUCUCUGGGUCCCUCAAGCGGUCGCACUCUAGUGCCCGCGGCUCCAACGAGACACUGGGCAGUAAUUUUACCGUGGAAGAAGAGAACCGUCUCAAGGAGGAGGAAGUAACAAGUCAGCUGAGCACGAGAGACCAGGACGAUAGCGCCUUUCCUCGCAGCCCGCGCAGCAUGGAGCGCAUCGAAACCGGCUCGGAGCUAGUCCACGUUCCUCAAGUAGCCGAGAAGCGCUACAGCUGGGAACCGGACCAAGAUAGGAGGUGA